UCAUCCUGGGCUGGUCUGCAGUUCCCAGUCAGCCAUGUGCACCACCUGCUGAGGAAGGGCAACUAUGUGGAGCAGGUUGGGGCCAGGGCUCCUGUUUAUCUGAUGCUUGAGCUGGCCGGUAACGCCGCCAACAGAAAAAAGAAGACUGCAUUAUCCCCAGACACCACCAAGCUGGCAACAACGAGGAGCUAA